AUGGCAAGCGAAGAUGAAUUUGAUGUUGCAGAUCUAUGUUUUGCAAGCAAUGUCGAAACAGAUAUAUUUAAUAAAUUUCUUUUUAAUGAAACUGAGGAAAAAGCUAAUGAUUUAACAAAAAAUGAAUCUGAAACUAAAGAAUUUACAGAUUUAGAGAAAGGUUUAUACCCUUUAACAAAAGGUCAAAUUUUUAUAAAUUGGAAAGACGUUGAAAGUUAUCUUGAUAAACAUGGCCAUGAACGAGGAUUUGCAUUUUUAUUAGCGAAAAGUGAACUGGAUAAAAAUAAUGGAAUUCCAAGACAUCACGUUUAUUACUGCUCAAAAGGGCACUGCUAUGAAAUAAGAAAAAAAGCAUAUACAUUAGAAGAAAGAAACAAAGCACAUGAAAGUAAUGGAUAUGAAUUUCAUAUUAAUUUUCAUAGAUGGAAGAGUAAUAAUCAAAUACACCUCUCAGAAGGAUUAGCACCUAAAGUCAUUUAUACAGAUGCGAAUCCAGCUCUUAUUAGUGCAAUAGAAAGUGUACUUGCAUUCACACACAGGUUUUUUAAUUGUGGCAUACAAUCAACUCAAAGAGUUGAAGUUUAUAAUGCAAUUCUCAAAAAAUCAUUAAAUGGAACAACAACAUUGAUGGAAGUGGGCAUGUUUAGCGAAGAUUUAUAUGAUGAGAUACUGGUUGAAUUAACUGAACUUGUUAGUGACAUUAGCCCUGAUGAUAUCAAAGAGCUUAGAGUGUUCCAUAUUGGAAUUCUGGCAAAACGUUGGUUUAGUGACUGGGCAAUACAAAAAAAUGAAGACCUUAAUAGUAAACGUGCUAUUUCAAUUCGAAAAGGACAAGAUUUUGGCACGUUUGAGCAUAAGAUUCAGCAUGACUUUUCCUUGAUUGAUUCAAUACACAGCAAAUAUGUUUUUAUGCCUAAAAUACAGAAUCAUGUGAAGAGUCAUUCUCUUUAUGGUAAGAGCUUUGGUUUGAUGAAAAAAGCCUUAAAUUUGGCAAUCGAAACUGGAUGUACUGGAGAGUUAUAUAAGUUACAUCAGCAGUUUAUAGCAAAUAUGAAGAGACAACUCGCAGAACAAGAAGGAAAUAUUUUGGAAUUAGAUGAGAAAAAUUAUUAUGGUCGAAAACAUCAAAAGCGUAUAGCAGCAUUUAAUGAUAGUCCACGAAAAAAAGUAUUAAAAGAAUCAACUAGCAUGCAACAUAGUGAGAAUUUAGUAGAGACGAGGACAGGUCUUGAUACAGUAACUAGCCAUGAAGAUAUGUUAGAAUCAAUUACACAAGGCAAGAAAAAACAUGCAUAUAUAUGUGGUAAUUGUGGUAAAGAUGGUCAUUGUAGAUCUUGUUGUCCUAAUAUGAAGUAA